AUGGAAGCCAUGCUCAUUAUCAGAAACACAGUACUCUGCCACUUCACAAAGCCACUCCCAAACGUCCCUUCACUCUCCCUUCAAAAAACCUCAAGACUCUUCUUAGCUUCAGCUUCCAACAAUUCACACGUAUGUUAUAGAAUUGCAACAAAGACUAGACGCGGUGUAGAUACAGUAGUCGUCAGAGCCGCAGAAUCCAUCAGUGAAGGCAUAGAAGACGUAAAGAAAAUCGCACUUGAUGCAAAUGAGAAGACGAAGGAAGCCGCAGGCUCAAUAUUUGAUCAAGCAAAAGAAGGAACAAACAAGGCAGUAGAGGCAGCAAAGAGUGCUGGAGAGAAGGCAAAAGAUUAUGCUUUUGAUGUAAACGACAAAGCAAAGGAAGCAGCAGGUUCGAUCGUAGAUAAAGCCACAGAAGGAACAAACCAAGCUGUAGAGGCGGUGGAGAGUGCUGGAGAGAAGGCAAGAGAUUAUGCUUAUGAUGCAAAGGACAAAGCCACUGAUGCAGUAGGUUCUGUGGUUGAUAAGACGAAAGAAGGAAUUGAGAGUGCGACGGAGGCUCUGAAGAAUGAAGGGGAGAAGGCGAAGGAAGCAGGAGAUGGAGCGUGGGAGGCGACUAAGGAUGAGUCACAGAAGAUUAAGGAGGCUGUGGUUGGCAAGGAUGGAGCUUGA